UUAGAGAUCUCUCUCUUUAAACAUAAACCAAUAAUUACAGCACCUUUGCUAGCAAAGAACAGAUUAACUUUCUGAUCCUAAAGAUCCUAGGACAAGUCUUAAAUCUAGUAUUUCUUGGGGAAAAAAUGGUGUAUUUGAUAGUUGUUGAUAGUUACCCUAAAUAGAUUCAUGGAAAGGGUAAGGAAUAAAAGUUUGGUGAGAAACAUUAGGCAUCAGGUAAUGAUUAGUUGUAAUGUUUUCUCAAGGAGCCUUUCCAUUUCGCCAUGCCUUCUAUUGGAAUGUACACACUUGUAGUAGGAAAGGGACCAGUUCUUAAAGAUUUGUCUAUGUUAAACACUUUGCAUUUCCACUGGGGAUUGUUUUGUCUUUCUGAACAACCACACAAAUGCCUCAUUUGGCUGAUAAAGACAAAUUAUUGAAUAUCUAGCUCAUUAAGAGACAGGGAUAAUAUGUGGAAAUGGACAAAGGAUGGUAGGCUAUCUUAGUUCUAAGAAAAACAUGUUACAAUUCAUCCUUUUACUUGGAGUCUUGAAUGAAACUAUCCAAAUACUUUAGAUUCUUCAUUGUAUAUUUUAUUUUCAGAUUGCAUGUUAAAAGAGACCUGAAUUUCCAGUUCUUUUGGGGGAAGCCCUAAAUAACCGGGCCAGUAUCUAUAAAUAGAAAUACCUAGCACUCACGCAACAGUUGAUGGCGAUCUUUCACUUGUACCAACAGUUGAUGGCGAUCUUUCACUUGUACCAACAGUUGAUGGCGAUCUUUCACUUGCACCAAUGCUCACAGCACCUCUUGGCUGCAGGUAUCUGUGAUUUGCUCACUUUUCAACAAGGAGUGUAUGAUUUGCUCAAUUCUGGAGCUGGUAUCCCAUCCUAAAACCCCUCCUGUAGUCCCAACGCAUUUUCUGACUACAGCUGCCAGAGGUGUUUCCUAGCGGGGUUAGGCAUUGGUAGUUCUCAAAAAUAAAAAAGUUAGUUGAAAAUGAAAACUGCAUAAAAAUUAAGUGCUUUUGAUAAACCAUUCUGUGCUCAAAACACAAAUGUCUUAAGUUCCCAGCUUGUAUUUCCCUCUGCAGUGGAGAGAUGAAGAAAACUAUGUGUUUAAUUGGGAUAACAGGGCUGGAAAACCUUUUAAUAAUUGCCAUUUGCUCUUCACCCUUUCUCAUGUUCUUUGUGUGAUAUCAUUGUCAAAGUGCUCUUUCCACUGACUAUAUCCUGUAAUAUAAAUUUUCAAAUACCAGAAAUACAGUUGACCUCUAUCUGUGGAUAACAUCGUGGAGUCGGCCGUGGGUGGAAAAUAUUCAUGAAAAAACAUUGCAUCUGUACUGAACAUGUACAGACUUUGUUUUUCCUUGUCAUUAUUUCCUAAACAAUACAGUAUAAUAACCUCAUGGCAUUUGUGUUGUGUUGGAUACUGUAAGAAACCUAGAGAUGAUUUACAGUAGUGCAUAGGUUAUGUGCAAGUACUGUGCUGUCUUAUAAAAGGAACUUGAGCAUCUGCAAACUUGCAUAUCAGCAGGCAGCCCCGGAACCAAUGCCCCCAUGGAUAUUGCUGGGUUCCCUACUGUAGCUCCUAUCUGAGAAUCAAGCAUGGGCUGGCUAAUUGUUAAAUUCAGAACAGAGUCUUGACAGAACAGACCAGAAGGAGCUGUUUUUGAUGGUGCUCUCUCUUUAUUACUGGCAGAAGAGUCCCAUUGUUUUCCCACCAGAACAUGAGAAAAUAAGGCUAAUGGGGUUAGUUUACUCCAAGUGCCUACAGGGUUUUUGCUUUUGUUUUUUUCAUUAAAAUAAAAAAUGCCACCUUCUGUUGUAGAUUGUUAUCCUGAAAUAGUUAACAAAAAUUGUGUGUGUGAGUGUUAACUUGUGACAAUGUAAGAAAAUACUAGGUAAAGGUUGAAAAUUAUAAAUUAGAUGUUUAGACUAAGGAAUAUUUUAAGAUUUGUGGCAGAGGAAGCUUAUGAGUUCAUGGUUAAGCUAGGUUAGGUCUGUGUGUGGAUUAAAUCAAAGAGGAUGUGCAGAGGUUUUAUUUAGAGCAGUCAGGUGACUUUGGCAGCUAAUAGCCCAUAGUAUUUUCCACUCAAGGUUUUGUCUGCAUAGGAGCAACCUUGCAUGUUCAGUCUUACAGGUAAGAUACUGCAAAUAAUCCUCAGUUACCAGAGAUACCUCCUAUAACUGUCUAGCAUGUCUGUUCAUUUUUAAUAGCUAAAAUAUCAUUCUGGAUAAUCUAAUUCAAAUAGUUGAAUUUCAGAGCAACUCAAAUAUGGAGAAUUAUAUGACUUUGGAAGAAGAGGUUCUGCUUUGAGAAACCAUUUCUUUAAAUAUGGAAUAAUGGGCUGUCAUAGAGUUUGAGUAAAACUGAGCAUUUAUCCCAGUCCUAUACAAUAGCAUUAGACUCUGGAAGCCAGUCGUUAUCAUAGGGACCAUUUCUCAUUAAGUCUUCAAGUGUUUUUUUUUUUUUUUCAGUGUUUGUCAGCUAAAAAGCAUUAUUUUAAAGACAGGAUAAAAGGGGUAGUAGGUUGGAUCAUUGAAUAGUAGUUAGUGCACUUUAGAAAGCUAAUAGAAAUAAUUCUAAAAUAAUAUUUAAGACAAAUGCCUUAGGAGUCAGUGACAGUACUGCAGCUUCUAAAUCCAUGACAAGAGAACUGGUUAUUCAUGUGUUACUUAAUCACCCAGAUUUGCAUGUGGCUGGGGCUACUGUUGCUUUUUUAAAGUCAGUGUCCUUAUCUGGAAAUAAAAGUGUUGUAUUUUAUUUUCUCUAAGAUGCCCAUUGGCCCAGUUUUGAAGUCUGAUAGGACAAAAGGUUAAGGUCAGUAUAUCCAGGCACUUGCCUUGUCAGCUGUUGCCUCAUACAUUCAUAUCAGAAAUCAGUCUCCAGUGCCCUUGUCUACUGAAUGAGUAGGCUUCAUUCAGUGUGUUAUCAUUUAGGCAUUAAAUAUGGAAGAAAUGUGGUCCAUCUUAUGUGCAAACAACAUUGGCUUAUUUAAUCUGUGCUGUUUUACCAAGGAUAGUGAUUUGUGGGACAUGCUGGGCUAACAGGUUUUAAGAGGUUGCCUGGUAUCAACCCCAUCUGUCUGCUCUGACUUUUGCCUAUCUGACAGGCCCUCCCUUUCCAAUAUACCUACUCAGGAUUUUUGGAAAAAAAAAAAAAAAAGCAGAACACAGGAAAAGGCCCAGUUUAACCUGGCUGGGCUGGAUCUAGAGUGGAGUGGGCAAAGGAAAGGCACAACAAUGUCAGGUUUUGGUGAAAUCUAGUAAAAUACUUCAGUGUGACUGGAAAAGAAUGUGUAUGGGAAAGCAGCUGAACAUUCUGUGCAAAUUUCUGAGCUGUUCUCACUGCUGUAGAAUUUAGAGACAAUGUAAUAAUGAUCUUUUUAUCUUUUAGACAGAUUUCCUGCUCAACCCCAUAAUUGAUUUAGUGUCUAGACAGUGGUUUGCAGCCCAAUCAGAUUCAAUACCCCAGUCUUAAACAACUAAUUUUAAAUGCUGCUGCUUCCUUUUUAAAAAAUAUUUAUUCUUAAGUUUUAGAUGGACACAAUAUCUUUAUUUUACAUUUAUAUGGUGCUGAGGAUCGAACCUAGUGCCUCUUGCAUGCUAGGUGAGCGCUCUACCACUAAGCCACAAACCCAGCCCCUUAAAUGCUUCUUUUAAAAAAUCCUAAUUCAUCCUACUAUAAGAAAUGUUAUCAUUGCCCUACCCACAUAUAUCACCUCGGUGCUUUCCAUUCUGGUGUACUCUGGGCCAACUGCUAGCACCUAUCCUUGCUAUCUGAAAGUCUACCUGGAGCAGGCUGGAAAGGCCAGAAGAAACGCUCUCAGGAAUGGCCCUUAACCAAGGACCUGCGGCAACAUUGGUAUUUAAAUACCUCCAUUCCUGUGUUCCUUCUUAUCCCAUGGGAUUACCAUCCAAUUGCCACUCAUAGUAUUUACUCGCUUGAUCACACUUUUAAUGACUUUUCUUCCCUGACUUUAUACCCUACUCCUCUAUGGGUAUUUCCUGGGGUCCCUUUAUAAAUAAAUUAUCUACCCUAUAGUCCUUGCUCAUUGAUCUAAGAGAACUCAACCAACAUUCCUACUCAUGAGUUUUGAAAAAAAAUUGCAUAUAAUUCCCUAAUAAUAAUUAAAAGGAUAGUUGAUCAAGCUGGGAAUGGUGGAACAGACCUGUAAUCCCAGCAAGUCUGGAGGCUGAGGCAGGAAGAUCACAAAUUCAAAGCCAGCCUCAGCAAAUUAGUGAGCCCUAAGUAACUCACCGAGACACUGUCUCAAAAUAAAUAAAAAGGGUUGGGAAUAGCUCAGUGGUUAAGUGUUCCUGGGUUCAAUCCCAGUACUCUUCCACCAAAAAAAAAAAAAAAAGAAUUGAUCAUAAGACAUUGUAUAUUUAAAUAUGUGACUUCUCUACAUUAAAAGUUAAAAGAAACUUACAAAAAACUUUACACAAAAAUCUCCUCAAGGGAUUUGGCAGUUUUGAAUACAGGCACAGAUGCAGCCUGAUACUGAUAGGCUGUAGUGAUUUCCUGGGUACCACACGCAGCAUUACCAUUAGUGACAUGAUUUUCUGAAUUGGUGGACAGCUUGGUAAAGUUUAAAGCAAAACCAAGUAAAUUCAUUCCUCAAUUACGGUGGUACCACUCUAUCCAAUGAAUGUGCAAAAUCUUUUGUACUUACAUGUAAUAAAAAGUUGGGUGCUAGAUUCAGAUAAUUAUAGUUUUUUUGUUUUUUCCAGUGGGACACUUGAAAAUUCCGUGGGGCUUAAGAUGAUUCCCUGUUAUGGAGGGCAAUUUCUAAGAAAUUUUCUUGAAGAGCAGUGUGUAUGUUCCCUCUGCCCUUGUUUUUCUAAUCCUUUCCAGUCCUGCUGGCUGAAAUGUAGACAAGAUGGCUGGAGUUUCAGCCACCAUGUUGGAGCCUGUAGAUGAGAACAAUGUCACACCUAGGGUGGGGAUUGGGAGCUGGAAGUAGCCUGUUCCCUAAGGACUUUGUGGAGUUAGACUGCCCUGCCAAUCCUGGAUUGUCUCUGCCUCUGAACUUAUUUUGUGCUUCUCUUUCUCAAAAUUAAACCCACCUAAAGCAAUAUGGAAAAUAAGCAUUAAAAUAAGCAUUUCAAGUAAGUUGUUAAAGAUUAGUAUUGAAUCUGAUAGGGCUCUCUAGAAUUUAGAUAGAUCGUGGGGUUGAGUCAGGAAGGUUAUAGGAAAAAAAAUCAUUAUCAUGUUGUUUGUAAAUUCUAAGAGUCUGCCUCAGCAGCAAUCUAUCACACAUGGAUUCAGUUAAGUCUUCUAACAGCAAUUGUACAAUUGUGACUAGUUUUUAUUAUUUUUUUUUAUGAAGAACUGUAAGGUGCAAAAUAAGAAGCAGGGCACAUACAAGCAGUCAGGCCAGGGGAGACCCUUUUGAGCUUUGAAAGAUAGGUAAAAUUAAUGAGGCAAAUCAGUGGAAGAUAAAUAUAACAUUGUAACUUGCUUUUAAAAAGCAGAGGGAUAGUGGGAGUACUUUUUGAAAUAGUAGUUUUCUCCUUCCCACUGCUGGUGAUGGUUAAUUUGCUAUGGGGCAAGACUAGGUUUUAUUUACUUAUUUAUUAGUAAUUUUUUCUUUGUUCUUUUUAGAUAUCCAUGAAAGAAGAGUGUAUUCUGAUGUAUUAUACAUAUAUGGAGUAUAACUUAUUCUAAUUAGGAUCUCAUUCUUGUGGUUGUACGUGAUGUGGAGUUAACUGUUCAUGUAUUCAUAUAUGAACAUAGGAAAGUUAUGUCCAAUUCAUUCCACUGUCUUUAAGACUGCAUUUUAUUUGAUGUGUACCCCAGUGUGUAGCACAAUGCCUAGCGUGCUUUAUAAAUGCUGUUGAAAAUAUAUUUCUGGAGGCUGAGUGUGUGGCCAGUGUGAUUGCAUGAACUCUGAGUUGUUUAUGAUCUGCUUCCUAGGUCCCACCUCCCUUUGGAAGCUCUGGCAGGGAGGAUGAUACAGUCAGACAAAGGAGGAGAUCCUCCAGACAGGGACAGGAAGCUCUCUACUGCAACCCAGCCACGGAAUGGCCUCUCCCAAAUCCUGAGGCAUGUGCUGCAGGAGCUGAGCCUGUUCUACAGCCGAGAUGUGAACGGAGUGUGCCUUCUCUAUGAUCUCCUGCACUCCCGGUGGCUGCGGGCCCUGCUAAAGGUUUAUGACUGCCUCCAAGAAUUUAAAGAAAAGAAACUAGUUCCCGCCACACCCCAUGCACAGAAGUUAUCCUGUGAGGUAAUGGAGCUGUUACGAGAUAUCCCUAAUUCUCCUGAGGUCCAGGAGCUGAGAAAGCUCCUCCAGGCUCCACACUAUAAGGCCUUGCUCAGUGCCCAUGACACGGUAGCUCAGAAAGAUUUUGAGCCCCUUCUUCCCCCACUGCCUGACAAUAUCCCUGAGAGCGAGGAAGCCAUGAGGAUUGUUUGCUUGGUGAAAAACCAGCAGCCCCUGGGAGCUACAAUCAAGCGCCACGAGAUGACAGGAGACAUCCUGGUGGCCAGGGUCAUCCAUGGCGGGCUGGUGGAGAGGAGUGGGUUGUUAUAUGCCGGAGACAAACUGGUGGAAGUGAACGGAGUCUCAGUUGAGGGACUGGACCCUGAGCAAGUGAUCCAUAUUCUGGCCAUGUCUCGCAGCACAAUCAUGUUCAAGGUGGUUCCGGUUUCUGAUCCUCCUGUGAAUAGUCAGAAGAUGAUUUACGUUCGUGCCAUGACCGAUUACUGGCCACAGGAGGAUCCUUCCAUCCCCUGCAUGGAUGCUGGAUUGCCUUUCCAGAAGGGAGACAUCCUUCAAAUUGUGGACCAGAAUGACGCCCUCUGGUGGCAGGCCCGGAGAAUCUCAGACCUUUCUACCUGUGCUGGGCUAAUCCCUUCUAACCACCUUCUGAAGAGGAAGCAACGGGAAUUCUGGUGGUCUCAGCCGUACCAGCCUCACACCUGUCUCAAAUCAACCGCAUUGAUUUCUAUGGAAGAAGAAGAUGACAUGAGGAUUGAUGAGAAAUGUGUGGAAGCAGAUGAAGAAACAUUUGAAUCUGACAAGGAGGAAUUUAUUGGCUCUGGUCAAAAGUUCUUUAUUGCUGGUUUCCGCCGCAGCAUGCGCCUUUGUCGAAGGAAGUCCCACCUCAGCCAGCUGCAUGCCACUGCAUGCUGCGCUGGCAGCUGCUACAAUGCAGUGGGUGCCCCUUAUGAGGAGGUGGUGAGGUACCAGCGACGCCCAACAGACAAGCACCGCCUCAUAGUGCUUGUGGGACCUUCUGGCGUUGGAGUCACUGAGCUGAGAAGACAACUUAUUGAAUUUAAUCCCAAUCAUUUUCAGAGUGCUGUGCCACAUACUACUCGAUCCCCAAAGAGUUAUGAGGUGAAUGGGCGUGAAUAUCACUAUGUGUUGAAAGAAACAUUUGAAAACCUCAUGUAUAGUCACAGGAUGCUGGAGUAUGGUGAGUACAAAGGCCACCUGUAUGGCACUAGUGUGGACGCUGUUAAUGCUGUCCUUGAUGAAGGAAAGGUCUGUGUCAUGGACUUAGAGCCUCAGGAUAUUCAAGUGGCUCGAACCCGUGAACUGAAGCCCUAUGUUAUAUUUAUAAAGCCAUCUAGCCUGAGUUGCAUGAAACAAUCUCGGAAAAAUGCCAAGAUUAUCACUGACUUCUUUGUGGACAUGAAGUUCAAGGAUGAAGACCUGCAAGAGAUGGAGGAUUUAGCCAAAAAAAUAGAGACUCAGUUUGGCCAGUUUUUUGAUCAUGUGAUUGUGAAUGACAACUUGCAAGAUGCAUGUGCCCAAUUGUUGUCUGCAGUACAGAAGGCUCAGGAAGAGCCUCAGUGGGUACCAGCAACAUGGAUUUCCACUGAUGCUGAGUCUUAAUCAAGCCUCCUGCUUAAAACUGAAGUUUUAAUAUUAUACCCUUGUUUCAGAGAUCUGAAAUGACAGUUGCAAUCUAAAACAGUAUUAUUUGACCCAUUAUAAUGUGUACAACUUGUGAAGUACUGUAGUUUAUUAAUUAUUAUUAUUUUUUAAAAUGUAUGGUUAGAUAUGUUAUUGUAUGGUUACACAGAUUUACCUGUUUGGCUUUUAGGCAUUUUUUCCCUUUACUUUAUAUGAAAAUUGGUAGAAAUAUGAAUUAUGUUAAGUUGCUGAAAAUGAGAACCUUUCAUAGAUUUCAUAUGGUCUAAGUUUCAGGUAAAAAGAGCUUUCCUAAAUAAAAUAAACAGCACUUAAUUUCAGAAA